AUGCCGAUCUGGGAUUCUUUCGGUGGUCGCAAAUCGACGACUGAAGGUGGUUUCGAUCCGACCUCUGCCCAAGAUGUCUCGUCAUUUCUUACGGAGAACACAUUUCCCGACCCAUCCCAGCUUCAUCCGCUGGCAGGCUUGAACCAGGACGCCCUUGAUUACCUUACUUUGGAAGACUCGACUCUUGAUCAGCUGCCGGGAUCGCGCUCGGCUCUUCCAUCCCGAGGCUGGUCGGACGACCUUUGCUACGGAACAGGUACCACAUAUCUUGCAGGUUUGACGAUAGGAGGAGCAUGGGGCCUGGCUGAGGGCCUGACGCGGACGCCUGUUACUGCCUCCCCAAAGCUGCGUCUGAACGGCGUGUUGAACUCAAUUACUCGACGAGGCCCCUUCCUAGGAAACUCUGCUGGCGUUCUUGCCAUGGUUUACAACGGUGUUAACUCAAUGGUUGGAUAUACUCGCGGAAAGCAUGACGCGGCAAACAGUAUUGUCGCGGGCGCUUUGAGCGGAAUGCUUUUUAAGAGCACUCGUGGCACUCGGCCCAUGCUUAUCUCUGGUGGAAUAGUGGCUGGCAUCGCGGGAGCCUGGGCUGUCACCCGCAAGGCUCUUUUUUCCUGAACGCAUAUCGCCCAAGACCCCUUUUCUCCACUAUAUUUGACCGUCUUUUAUCGCUUGGCGACAUCAACGACAAAACUUCGCCCUUAUAGCUUUAUUUAUUGUGACGCAUGAAUAGUUGCGCGCGAUCUUUCUGCGCAUUGUAUCACCAAAAUUCCGAUUAUUUCAGACCUAUCUCCUCACUCCGGCGUCAGGGCAUUGGUACUCGCAUUUUCUGACGGGUUUGGGACCGGGCAUGAUCAUGGAUCUCUUCGACCUUGUAUUGUAUAUAUAUAGAGGGUUCUGUCUCGUUUACAUUUCUUCCAGCGGUUAUUUGUGUUAGCAUUGGCGAUGAUCACAUGGCUAUUCUAGAUAAUACGUGUUACAAUGGCACAUAUUUAAGACUUA